AUGCAUGAGAAGCUGUCAGUCAGAUUUUCCCCAGAGAGUGGAAGGAGGUCAUCCUGGGUGAGGAGCUGGACAGUGUGGACGUAUUUCCGAGACUACUUUCCAAUCAGGCUCAUUAAAACCCACAACCUGCUGCCCAGUAACUACAUAUUUGGCUACCACCCUCACGGCAUCCUGUGUUUUGGCGCUUUCUGCAACUUUGGGACUGAGGCCACCGGCUUCUCCAAGAAAUUCCCGGGCAUCAAGCCCUCCCUGGCGACGCUGGCGGAAAAGUUCCGCAUGCCUGUGCUACGAGACUACCUGAUGUCUGGAGGCAUCUGUCCAGUGAACAGGAACUCCAUCUACUACGUGCUGACGCAUUACGGGACAGGAAACGCUGUGAUCAUUGUUGUGGGAGGGGCAGCGGAGUCUCUGCACUGUACACAGGGCUUGAACAUUGUCCACCUGAAGAACCGUAGAGGCUUUGUGAGGCAGGCCCUGCAGAAAGGGUGAGCUGGCUGCACAACAUGCAAACACAAGGGCACCUGUGCCAGGCUGGGCACAGAACUACAUUUAUCACGUUAAAGGGAUAGUUCACCAAAUAACUCAUUCAUUAUCUACUCACCACUAUGCCAAUGGAGGGGAAGGUAAAGAGUUUGAUCCAAUACAAUUGAAGUAACCUGCAACCACUUCUUCAAACGUAAAAAAAAACAACAGGAAAAAACAAAACAUGCCUCAAUGCUGCUCCAAGUGUCCGUAAGCCCAGAUAUUCAAAUUUGACUCGUAAUGGCGUUUUGCACCAUUGUUUUUAUCCUAAAUGCCAUUUAAUAUCCUGCUCUGGAUCCAUGUUCAUGCGUUAAUCACAGUGGACAUUUAGGCAUAGUGGUGAAUAUAUAAUGAGUGAACUAUCCCUUUAAAGGUUACGUGGCCAACCAAAACACACCAGAUUCCCUCUCAUAUAUUGCUGAGGAUUAUCACUGGCUGCACCUUGUCUAAGAAGCUUAGAGUUUGCUAGAAAAGAAAUGUUAUGCAGAACUUCACUCAUAGAAACCAGGUUAGCAUUCCAGCAGAAAUAAGCCCAGACUAUGAAUUGAGGUCACAUUAUGUUCACCUUAUGGAGCUUUUAAAGUUUUGGUGUAGUGCUGUGAUUUAGAAACCAGACGUCGAAUAGGACAAAACUCCUGACUUGCAUCCUGAUACAUCCCACAAUGUGUUUAGGAUACUGACAGUUUUAGUUCUAAGGACUUAGGAGAGGCGGUGGACUAGUGGCAGAAACUUGGACCAUGGGCAGAAAAGGUCUCUGGUUCGACUCCACUGAGAAACAACAAGACGAACCUGGAUUGAUAUGUCCAAAAAUCCAAGAGGAGUCUCCCUACCCUGUCUAGUGCCCCUGAGCAAGGCAGCUUACUCCCCCAACAUCUGCUCCCUGGGCGCUGUACAUGGCUGCUCACUGCUCUGUGUGUCCUCCACCAGAUGAGUUAAAUGCAGUGGUUAAAUUUCCCUACAAUUGCGUGAGUAUGUGUGGGAUAAAUAAAUGUAUCUUAAUCUUGAAUCCCCACAAUCCAGAGACAGUAAAAAGUGUAAGUUAUAUUUGAAGGUGUCACUUGUAAUUCUCAAGAGUAUGAGAACAGAGGAUCUAUCCUGGGAAAGUUGGGAACUAAUUAUAAGGGUUAUUUUAAAAUCGAUGUUCAAGAGCAAUUUCCCCUGUUCUCACCAUUGUGCCUUCUUCUAAAGAGCAGUGUAAUCCGUAUGCUGUAAUUUUGCGAGCAAUAAAUACAAUGUGACCGCUCUGUGAUGAAUGGCCUCAUCUGCCUGCCGAUAUUUAAAUUAAAGUUUUUUUUUUAAAAAAGAAGUGUGUGUCUUGUCUCUAGACACUCUAACGCUGCAUCUUUUUUUCAUGUCUUCACUUCUGAGAACAUCACUGAACUUUGAUAGUGCGAGGUCACUAUUCGACAAAACAAUUACUUUUGUUUAUAAAUUGUACCUUUUAGUAGUUGUAAGGAUGAUAAAUAAUCGACAGUACCAUAAACUGUAUAUGUCCAGUACUUUGUUAUUACAAUAUUUACUUUUAAUCAAUCAAUGAUUUUAUGACUACAUCAUCCCAUCGAAUAGAAAUAUCCUAGUUGAUAGUGUAAAAUAAUAUAUGGUGUCUAUUGAAACUUUUCAAAAUCACAUUUUGGAUCGAAGACUGUAAGCAGCAUGAGUUGGUAAGUGAAUUUUUAUCUCAACACUAAAACUGUCUAUAGUGGAAAAUUUACUCAGAUUAUUUUCUUAGAUAAAAGUAAUAAUUGCUGAAUGUAAAAUAAACAAUACAAUUAAAUCUUGCAUGCAAAUUUUUAUUGAAACAUAAAUUAAAUUUGCCACUGAAAUGUUGUUCAAUGGAAAUUAACAAAUGUGCAGAAUGGUGUUCAAAGUCAAAGGUCCAACAGUCCCAUUUUUUAACACAUUCAAAUUCACUAGAUAUGGAUUUUUAUUUGGAUCUGCUCCAAAAGUCGACACAUCCCUCAACACGUUUGAAUACAAAUCCUGGAUCGGCUCCCUGAUCCAGAUACACACCAAAAUGUAAUUGGUUCUUCUUUACCCAUACCACUUUGUUCAUAACUGUAGUAGAAAAAUUAACUAAACAUGGUUGACAAACUAUUUUGUAUUUAGAUGGUAAGCAUUUGAAGCCUUGUCAAGAUACUUUUAUGACCUGUAUUUACAUACACCAAAUGUUUAAGACUUGAGCUGUUUCAUGGUCGGCACUGUUAGUGUUGCAAUAUGGUGAGACCAUUUGUUACUUAAUUACCCAUCAAAGAAAGUAGUGGUAUGUCUUCUUAUCACCUUAGGAAAUAUAUGUGAAUCAGCUGCUAAUGUUUCCUCUCCUUCCCCCACCAUGGAACCUGUCUGGAUUGGUUCAGAGGGACAGCCCUCAGUCCUCCUAUAUAAGAUCUGUGUUUUUGACUGUUCUCCAUCUUCACUCUGAGAUCCUUGUGGUCUCCCUGUGUUGAUCCUUUCUGCAGAAAGCCCCUUAUUAAAUACACGUAGAUAAAUGUGU